UGGAGUAAUAACAAUAAUAAUAAUAAUAAUAUGCCUCUGUCACUUUCACUUCACAUCAUCCUCCUUCACCUUUAGCUUUUUCUUCAUUCGCUUUCUAUUUGCGUCAUUUUCUUUUUCCUUUUGUUUUUUCAAAAAAGAAAAACAAAAACAGAAACAGUUUACAAGAAGCUCAAAAGAGGGGUUUCUUCUGCUUUCCUUCACUUUGAAAACCCAGAUUUCUUCAUAACCUAGUUCAUAUUUGGUACUUUUAAGUCUGGAAUAGCAGAUUUUUGGUGAAUCCUAGUUGAAGUGGCAUAUUGGAGUGGAAAGUUGCUUAAGUGCACUUCUGUGUUCCAUUGUUUUUCCUCCAAAGAUGGGAAUCUGAUAUGCCUUCUGCUUUGGUUCAAGUCUUGAGUGGAUUGCCGUGUGCUUCAAUAAUUUCUGUGGUUUAAUUUUGUUGACAUUUGACCAUGCUUGAUUUUUUAUAAGCAUGUAGAGUUCCAUACUUUCAUGAAAAUCUUACAAUAGAUUACUGGACAACCUUAUUGUGUCAAUAGAAAAUAGCUAAUACGGGUGCGCUUUGUUGUGUGGCCGCUGGGCCACAUGGAACAAAAUCAUCAACAAGCAGAAGGGACUGUUCCAUGGAUCAUGAUGAACCACAUUGGAGGACAAACUCUAGCUUUUCACCUCCUCCAUUGAGGAUAUGGGACUGUAGGUUACAUUCAGAUGGUUUGCCACAUGGGUCGCAUGGUGCAGGUUUACAUGGUUCAUCUCUAUCCUCAAAUAGCAAGGGUAGCAGAAGCAGGGUGGGCAGUGAAGGUUACAUCAAUCAUCACCAUUCUGUAUCUGAUGGUUCACUCUCUUAUUCUGGUAGCCCAUCUGAUAGUGCUCAGGCACCACGAUGGACUUCACCCAUUCAAAUGUUCAAUCCAGAGGAGCUCCCUGCCCCUAAUGUUGGAGGACCUAUGCCCCAGACCUCUUGGUUCCCUCGCUUCACUGAGAGGGGAUAUGUUGUUAAAGCAACUGCAGCAUCUCCCAGCUUUGGAUCCCCUUCCUCACUCUCUGAGUCUAGUCGGUGCGAAUCUGCUAGCAAGCUGCCCUUCUCUUUUCCCAACCGCAACUUCUCUGGUCGACGUUCUUACAUGACAAAAGCUGUUUACCCACUAGUGUUUCGCAACCCUGUCUCAGAUUCUGAAGGCUUUGGUGAUGCUGAUAUUAACAGUAUUGGCAAGUUGACAACUAGUGAGGAUCGCUUAUCACCAUUUCACUGGCAUGAAACCGGUUCUAGUGUUGAGCGCAAGUUUCACAAAACCCUUUCUGAACUUCAAAGGUCUGAAGCAUCUCCAGACCCCAGUGCUAGCUCUAGAAGAGAAGGUUUUAGGUGGAGCAGUGCUAGUAGUUAUGAUCUGGCGUUAGAUGGAGAAAAGUUUGACAUGGUGGAGCAUGUGGAUGUAGAGAGCCUGAGGUCCCCUAUUGGUCCUGUGGUUGACCACAAGUGUGGAGUUUGUGGAAAACUUUUGUGGCAAAAGUCCCCAUGGAGUUCACAUCGAAUAAUUAGAGGUGGUGACAUGCCAAUUGCUGGUGUUCUACCCUGCAGCCACAUAUUCCACGCUGAAUGCUUGGAGCAAGUUACCCCCAAGUCCCAGAUUCAUGAUCCUCCCUGCCCUUUGUGCCUCAAAACAAUUGGAGCACUGGAAGAAUCUGCAUCAGUUUCAGAACCUUUGCAAGUUGCUUUAAGAUCUUUGCGAACGAGCAGGGGUGCCAUGAUUUCUGAAGACCAAGAAGAUGAUGAAGUCUCAAAUCAUAUCAAGGAAAAAUUAAGGAGAAACUGGCCUCAACUGGCCCCACGAUGGAAUGACCAUGGUUCUUCAAUAAAAAAUCAUCUUAAGAAGCAUUUCACGUUUAAAGGAAAAGUAUGCAAAGAUAUAUUCAGCACAAAGGCAUUCCAGAGGAUUGGAUCAUCUUCUUCUAGCAGGGAAGCGGUUCAGCGCCGAGUGUCUAUUCAGUAGUUCCAGAUAUGUAAUUCACUUGCAAACAGAUAGAUUUAGUCAUUUUGUGAACUCUCUGUCUCCUUCCAAUAUGUUGUCUUUUUUACUCUGGUUAUGUUUUCUCAAUAUAGUAGUAAGAACAUCUUGAUUGUCUUAUUGCUUAAUCACAACAUGAGUUGCAAGCAAGUCUACUCAGGUUUUACAGUGCAACAUACAGGAAGUUUUGCGGGGAUGAAUUAACAAAUUGUAGUGCUGACCUUGAAAAUUACAGGUUUAUUCUUUAAAUUGGAAAGUGUUCCAUUUUUGUGUCUGCACUGCAGAUAUAGGAAUGGGGGUGUUUGCUUUGACAGUGCAACAUUUGUAAUUUGGUUUCUAGGCAAUAAGGUCAUUGUAAGUAAUUGACAAGGUUAGCUAUAGCUUUCUUACUCUACAAUUAUAUGCUUAAUAGAGUCUGUUUUCUGGGGCCAUACUUAUCUAAAGCAAUAGUUGAAUGACAAGCACAAGACAUUUAGCUGCUCUAUACUUGAAACUAGAAUACCCUUUAGUUCAUGAUCCAUUGCUUAUUGAAGACAAUAAAAAGUAUAAAACCUAAAUAUCAUGGCUCCACUGGAUGUUAGUUUUCGGUGCAUGCCAGUAUUGAGAGAUUGCUGUUUGAAUUAUGCACUCACGUGUUGUUCUCUGUUAAAAAAUAUUGUGCGCGCCGGCCGCAAACUUGAAGUGGCCUAUACAAACACAAGUGAACAGGAAAUUCUAGUGCACUCUCCAUCAUAUCGAUCAGUGGUUUCCACAACAAAAGUUACCAUCUUGUUUUCGUGUGAAUUGUAUGUGCAAAGGGUAGUCAACUAGAUCGUGGGGCUUUUCUUUUCAUCUUAUUCUAUUGCUUGAACAACUUGGCCAUGUGAUCCCAUGUGCAAUUUGGUGUAUAAACUUUCAACUAACUUAGAUGUAUGCCAUGGCCUGCUUUGCUUUGUUGUUAUUAUUCCCUGGGACUUAAUAUCUGUUGUGGGGUUUCUUUCUCCUUUGCUUUGUGGCCUAUUCAAACCACCAUGAUCUGGUUGUUAGUUCUCUUAAAUAAAAAUAAUGUUCUUCAAUACUCUGGAAUUUGAUCAGUGAUGUCUAAGAAAGAAUUGAAUAAAAAAUUUGCAAUCUUAUUGCUUGUUUUCUUCAAUAGAAUCAAAAUUGAGAAUAGAUUUUUUUAACUUUGUAUUCUGAGGAGUGAUGGAUAGUAAUCUUUUAAUUAGGUAGAACUCAUCCAAAUGGAAUCUACUUUAAGCAAUUUGUAAAAUUUUUUUUAACCAUAAGUGGUCUAUUGCUAACAUAAGGGGAAAAGUUUGUAUACGCUAAGAUUUGAACUUUGGACUUAUCAGAUGUCAUCUCUUAAGGGUGACUGCAUGAAUUAACCGAGUAAAGCUUUAGGUUUGAAGAAUUUGAAUUUCUUUUAGAAUAUGUGAUUUUAAAUUCCCAAGCUUAUCUAGGCAGAAGACAGUUGGCUAGUUGCUGUUGGGAGGACAACGGUAAAAUAGAAAACAAAAGGCAUCUAACUGUUUCGCUUUAUUUGCAUUAAUCUUCCAUUUGAUAAACAAAAAGUAUUCAUCAAUCAUGAACAGCUGCACGAGUGAUUGGCUGAUUGCCUUUAUUUAAUGUAUUCAAUGAUUAAUACUCCAAGAAAUCCAAAUGAGAUUUUUUGCAUGAUAUCCUACCAUUCAAACGGCAACGGAAAUUUGUAGGAAAAAUGCAGCUUUGUUUUGGAAUAUUAACAGACACAUGCCUGUAAUGCCCAACAAAAACAGGUUCAAUUUUAAAUAUCAGUUCUUUCAAGCUGUAAAGAUUAUAAUAAGCUUCAUAUUCUUCAAAGGGAAUUGCAGCAUGGCCAGAUACAGCUAAGAUGGAUAAAAGUGAAGAGAAUGAAAUGAAAGUGUAAUGAGAAAGGAAAUGAAGAAAAGAUAUACAUUCCAUUAUCUUCAGUCACUGAGAUGGACGGUUUGCCACAUGCACAACACGUUGAUUGUGACAU